CACAAGUCGGUUGCGCACGGUGAGCACCAUCAGUCUUUCAACGAAAGUCGAUGUGUUCACAAUACACACACUCGAUUUUGUGAUCGCCGCACAAUUUAUUCAUUCACGUCUCUAAAAUUACUAGUGUAUUUUUUGCAUUGCCCCGUAAAUUUCAUAUCAAUUAUUUCUUUAUUAUAUUAGUUUUUUUCUUCAUUCGUGUUUAUUGUGUCAUUUAUUAUUGGAUGUUGAAAUCGAAACAUUCUUCAAUUAGACUUGCGGUAUUAGAACAAAAGUAAAGUGAAUGGACUCGAAUUGUAAUUCUAAUGCCAGUGAAUAGAAGUGAAUUAUUUGUCAUUGGUUUUCUUGGUGUUUAUUUAUUUUUUCCUUCUUCUUCUUCCUUCGUUUGAGUCAUAAAAUGCCGUACAUGGUUUAGCCGCGCGCACCAUACAAAUGUCUAUUUACGCGCGAUGGUGUAAAUUUUUCUGAAAGCACACGUUUCAUCUGCGAAUAACAACAACAUUGCGAGAAAAAAAAACAACAACAAUUUUUGCUUGUGACGAACCAACAGAAUAAACGUACACGGAAAAAGAAGAAACGAAAAGAAGAGAAAAAACCAACACACAACACUCUAGCAAAUUUAUCGCGGCUUGACAUUUUCACAAGUGUGAAUGCGACGACGACAACGCCGACCAUAAAAAAAAACAGUUUAAACGACAACAACAACAGCAAGAGAGAAAAAAAUCCCAAAAAAACACUUGUUGGACUAAAUCAGGAACGAAAACAAAAAUAACAGUCCAUCUAAAAAUCGAGGGAAAAAACUCAAAUUUCACAAGCACAUGGAGUGCAAUUUAGCGAUCCCAUGACAUCACUCACACACUGCUUCAGUCACAGUGAACAACGAUUUACACAUUAAAUUCAACGAAAUAAUUUGGGAUUUUGCGUGUCUGUUUCUUUUUUUGCUCUCUCUGUCUACAUUGUUAUAAAUUUACCAUCGUAAAAAAAGGCCCAGUCUAAUGAAUCGAUGGGAAAAAAAUGUUUGAUUUCGAACGAAAUGUCCAUUAGUGCAAACGAACAAGUGAUUUAUCAACGGCUAAAGAAAUCAACACAAGAUUGAUUUGUGAAUGGAAAUUGAGCUGAGUGCAAAAGCAGCAAACGAGAAAAAAAGAAGAAGAAACAUCGUCGACUAAAAAUAAUUCAGCGAUAAGGCAGCCGAAUGAUAAACGUUUAGUGAAUUGAGAGGCUCUUGAAUCGAACAAAUAAUUCAUAGUUUUUCGAUUUGUGGUGUGCAUUUGUCUUGUUUCGGCUUCUGCCGUCGAUUUGUUUAGAUCGACCGAUAAAACUGAUCGAGCGAACAAAACAAACAUCAGUGAAGAGGUGAACAUCGAAUUCAUUGAAAAUUAUCAUAGCAUCGGUUUCGAGUGGCUGUAUCGGUCGAGUGCUCUCAUUUAAAAUGAAUGAAUAGUUUCAGAUCGUUUUUUUUUUCUCGGUCGGUUUUCAAUUUCAAUCGAUGUGUGUUUUUGACAGACAAAAAAACCGUUGUGUUUAGCAGCAAGAGCUGUGUCAUAUGCGAGCUUGUGUUGAUGUGCUCGAUAUCAAAUUACUAAGUAGUUGCACAGUGUGAGAGAUUUGAACAUUGACAACACAACGUAAAUAAAUGCAUGUGGUUUCAUUUGUAACUGUUGUGACUGACUCAUCUGCAAUAAUUCUGAACGUUUUUUUUUGAGCCGUGCCUUGCGCUUUGCUUGGCUGUUUUUUCACUCUUUCGAUAUUGUACAGUUCCAAUUCAACACUUUGCACGUCAAUUCGAAUUUCGAAUAAAGAACAACAACUGAGAUACUGGAAUUGGCGAGUAAAUGAAGCCAACGAUCAUCAUAUAAUUAUCGCGAAUCACUCAUGACUAAGUGGCGCUGCAUACAAUAAAUUCACAUACGACGACAUUUUCAUGACGAAUUCACAUUUGUACAAGCUAAAAACCAUAGCCACAGUUAGCAUCUCUCGUAUUAAGUUUCUUGUGUACGGGCGAACGCGCCUCAUAUUGAUGCUAUAAGUGUUCUGAUCUGAACCGUUCGAUAGAUUGACUUUUAUUUUACAGUUAACUCGAAGAAUUUUUCAUAAACAACAUAGGAAUUAUCGCUCUAUUUGUAGCGGCAACAACAACAACCACAACAGCGACUGAAUAAAACGAAGAAGCAAAGAAACAACAAAACCGAUUUCUUAUCUUGACAUUGUCAAUUGAGUUUUAAAUUUUGCAUGGAAAACGUGCAGUGAAUUGAAUUUUGAUACGAAAAAAAAAACAUUGGAAUUGUAUAAACUGAAGUGUUUUGCAUCCGAAUUGUGUUGUGAAGAAAAAGUUUGAACUCGUAAAACGUAUACGUUGAGAGAAAAAGAAAACAUAGUCCCAAAGAAUAAAUUGUGUGUCUGUGUGUGAAUUUAAAACGAUCAACGAACGAACGAACAACAUCAUUUGGAUUAAAUAAAUCUGUCAACGAAACGUUAUAUUUAAGAUUCCGUCGAAAAAUUACCAUUUUUCUCUCUCUAUCUCAACCUCUCCCUCAGUGUCAGUUCUUGAUGGCAAGCCGAUGAACAUUCAAUGGAGCGGAAAUGUCCCAAAUGCGUGAGAUAACGACGAUAAAUCGGAAUUCAAAUUCUGAUGCGUCUGAAAAGUUGACCAAUGGAUCGACCGACAACACCACCGCCACAUCAGCAGCAGCAGCAGCAGCAGAAGCAGACCAAUACUCACUGACAAGUACAAUCGUUAAAAGUGAUCGCAACAAUAAUAAUGUGAUGAAAAAGUCAAUGCCACCGCCGUUACCGCCAAAGAGACACCAGCUACGGACCAGCAACAACAGCAACAGCAUAACGGCCAAAACAAACACCGAUCCAGUGGUGGAUAAUAAUCGCAGUCAAUCAAACGGCGACAGCAGCGGCACAUCACACGAUGCUGUAAUAAAUCAUAACCACGGGCCAAAUGCAUUGAUUGCCCAAAGCAAUGAAUUGCACAACAAAUUAUCCAAUGUAUCAAUGUACGAAGAUAACGGCAACGGCCACACCAAUGGACGGAAAGGUCAACCAAAUCGCAAUCGUUUAGAUAGUGUCACCGAUAGCAAAAAUGAUCUGAAAACAGCUUCUGGUUUCAACGCUGGCACCGUUUCAAGUGAUAACAACAAAAAAUUGAAUGAUGAUAUCGUAGGCCAGUCAAGCGUGGCUGCAUCGACGAAAAGCGGCACAAGCAGCGGGAUAUCACAUCACUGUGACAACGCAGGAAAAGGCGAUAAAAGAGCUAACGACGGUGCGGGAAUUGAUAUGGUUGACAGCAGCACUGGCACUAGUUAUUGUAUACAACGACCGGAAGAGGAAACAGUUAUGUUGUUAAAAAAUGACGAGCGACGGCUGCCAAAUUCAAGCAAACGCAACGAUAAGCAAACAAACAGCGAUGCAACCGUAACAUUUGACAAGCAUCAGAAUAAUUGUGAUAAUUUACGAGAAAAGAUAGCAACAAACGAUAACAAAAUCGGUGGUGUCAAUAGCAGGGACGGUGACAACGGCGACGACACCAAGGCACCGAAAAAAACUGGCGAUGAUUUAUUCGCUGACGAUUUUGACGAGGAUCCAUAUGCCGAGCUGCAAUCAUAUUUGGACAAAGUCAAACGUGAAAUAAACGAGGUUCUUGAACAGCGGAAAUUGAAUGGGACAGCUGCACCGGUCAGCCUUCAUGACCAGAAUGACAUCAUUAGAAAGAAAGAAACGAUCGAAAUGAAUCAUAAUCGUAGAAAUGGCGUUGAUGGAGCAUCAGCGACAUCAUCAGCAGCAGCGGCAACGAAACAUGACAGUUUGCUAGACGCACAUUGCAGAUUGAAUGCGAAAAUCAUACGGAAUGCCAGCAGUUUGAAUGCGGCACCGAUCAGUGCAAAUCAUGGUUCGACCAUUCGAAAGACAAACGAAUGGGCCGAAUCGAUACUCAAGGAUCUGGACAAUUUGAUAAUGUCGAAUCAACGAUAUACGGCCGGCUUAAGUAAUCCGAUCAUCAACGCUGCAUCGAAUCAAACGAUGGCCAAUGCAGCCAACGCCGAUGUCACUGCCACAGGGCCACCGAAAUCGCCACAGAAGCGAAGUACUAUCAUAAAUGUGGUAUUGCGAAAAACAACACCGUCAACAUCGCCAACCUCGCCGACCGCACCAACAGCGUUCGCAUCAACACCGACCAAUCUAAACAAGAAUCAAACCACGAUCAUUACAACGACUAAAGACAAUAAUAAAAUGCCCAAACCGGAAAAACAUACAUACAUUCCUCUGCAGUCGUUUAGUGUGAAUCAGCGUCCAAGAGAUCUGCCGCUAUCAUCGUCGAACAAAACAAAUGGACGUAAAUAUGCCGCUGUUGCUGCUAUCGACAUAUUGGAAAAGUAUUCAAAGCAAUUUGUUGACUUGCCGCCGCCGUCACAGCCACCGCUGACGUCACACGGGAGCAAUAACUUUCCCGUAUUAAAAAUCGAAGAAGAAUUCGAUGACAUUCCCAUGACUAAUGGCGCGUUCAGAACAAUAUCCACACAAACGAGCCCUGUAAAUGAAUUGAAUGCCGGCGGCCGAACGAAUAAUAAAAAAGACUCUUCAAAUAGCCUGUGGACAUCGGACGAGUCGAUUUUAAGGAGCGGAGAAACGGUUGAUGAAGACACCAAAUCGUCAGCAUCAUCGUCGGCAUGCGAAGAGACCGGCGGUGUUAUUAGCUCCGGUAAAUCAGAUUCAUCUGGAUUAGACAAUGACAAUGCGGAGAGUGGUAUAGGAACAGCAACGCCGCCCAAAGACCAGGAAAAUUGGCGUCAGUUGAAAGCGGCACAGCAACAGCAACAGCAGCAGCAUGUGGCCGUUACGCGAAAGAAUUGGGUUCGACAAGAGAGCGUUAUGACACAAACAAAUUACGAUGAUUUGAUGCUGGCUGAGCCCGUGUCACCGUUGCACAAAAUCCACCAUCAAUUCGAUUGUGCGGCCGCCGAUGAUCUGGACAAUUUGGAUGUGUUGAGCUUGUGCGAAGGAACAACCGAUGAAUAUGACAAUAUUACCGAAGACGAUUAUCUCUCUGACGAUCGAAAACUGGACAAAAGUAUCGAUACAGCAUCAUCAUGCACAAAAAGUAGCAGCGCUGAACGUGACGACGAUUCGGAUGUCGUUAUUUUAAGAAAUCAGAGCAAUGCAACCAAUCGAGCAUCGUCCGCGUACAGUUUGCCUCGCGAAUCGGUGGUUCAUCAUCGUUUGCAUGCAACCUCCUCCGUAUAUCCAAUUCUUUAUUCGGACAAAUCGUUGCACGGACUCAAAUCGGAAUGUAGCAGUAGUAGCAGCGCGGGUAGUGCUACAAUUAGCAAUUCCAGCCGAACACAACUCCCGCCGCGUCAACGACCAUUCGUACUUCAUUUGCACAACGAAUCGGCAUAUCAUCAUAAUGCUCUGGAAUUGCCAUCGCCCAGCAGUGCUUCGUUGCACAGUGGCCACGGCCACAUUACCAUGCAAGAGCUCACAACGAAAUGCAAUUCAGCGCCGAUUUUACUGAAGAAAGAACGCAAACGAGACAACGACUUUGUCGGCCAUCCAAUUAAUCUUCGCUAUUCUCGUUCACAAAGCGACCGAUAUUUGGCCGAAAUCGAAGCAAUUGAAGCGUGCAAAUGGCUGAGAGCGGCUGGAUUUCCCCAGUAUGCAUGCUUAUUUGAAGAUUUACAAUUUCCGAUCGAUCUCAGCAAUGUGGCCAAAGAUCAUCCAUUCCUGGAAAAUGACCCCCUGCAGUCACUCUAUCGACGUUUGGUCGCCUUAAAUCGUUGUGCAACCAUGCGAUUGGACAGCGCUCACAAGCAUGGUUCAAAUAACAAAGAGGAGUCAGAGGAUGAUGAGUAUGCGUUGAGUGAGAAUUGGACGUUCCAACAGACGAAUCGUCGAUGGUCACGCGUUGGUGAAAUGGAUAUGCAAAAACCCAUUGAUAAAUUGAACAGUGCAUUGAAUACAUCACGGGAAUCAAGUCCAGAGAAUAAUGACACAAAUGAUGAGCAGUUGGGUUUUUCAACGCUUCCGUUGGGCGUUACAUUUUCGCAAUCGCAAACCGAUGAUCAGGAGAUUCCGGUACGUUUGCGCCGAACGGGUAGUGAACGUUUGAAGGAUGGUGCCAAAGCAUUCUUGCGCCGAGUCGAAUCGAUCAAAUCCAGGCGACGAAAGCGACAAAAUCGCGAUGGAAUUGUAAUCAGUGGACCACAAACAUUGGACUUAUCACAGAUUAAUCCAAAAAUCAAUGAUAUGAAAACGGUUAACAUCAUUACGAUGUCAACACCGCCAUCACCCGUUCCAAGCAGCCCGUACACAACCAUUUUGACUAAUAAUAAACUGGCAGCCACACUCAAUAAUAACGAUUUGAAAGUGAAUUCAAAUGAUGAUUCGUCAACGGAAAAACUCAGUGCAAAUCACUUGAGUCCACGUCAUUUCAACGCCACCUUAGCACCAACUACAUAUAUUCACACGCAUCACAGCCAGUCGAAUCGAACCAGCCCAUUGCAUUUCUUUACAAACAAUCCCGGAUUGACCAAGGAUUUGAAGGGAUCUGGCGACGAUUCGUCGUCAUAUUGCAGUGAUGCCAGCCAAGAAUCGAGCGGUGGUGGUGGUGGUGGUGGCGGUGGCAUGAGCACAAUACCAAAGAAAAGACCCUCACGCACAAGACGCUUUUUACAAAAAGGCAGCAAAGUCGAAGACAUUGGCGCUCUAUCGGAUUCAGAAUGCCAUCAAAUGUUUACGAGACAGAGAAAUCGAAUUUUCCACGAUGGCAACCAAUUGACAGUGAACAGCAACAAUAACAGCAUUGACAAUUCCAUUGAAACAAAACCGUCGAAAUUCUCACGAGGCGGUUCACUUAAUCUGGGCAAAGAGUCACAGAAAUUCAAAGAAUCAUUCAAAAGCAGAAGCUUUAGAUCGCGCAGCUCAGCACGGGUUAAACCAGACGGAGAAUUUGAUCAUAAAUUCAGAACAAGAAGCUCUGUGGUGCGAUGGCAUAGUUUCCAAAAUGGUGAACGACCAGAAUGGUGCAAAGUAAUUAUCAAAACACCCGAUUUCAAGCAAGAAUCCGGAACGAUAUUGGCUUCAAUGUCUUGCGGUCAAUUACAAGUUGUGCGUAAAUUAGCUCUAGUCACAUUAACGGGAUAUAUGGAACGAUACUGUCCAUCACAUCGUUCGGGCUGGAAUUGGGAGUUACCAAAGUUUAUUAAAAAGAUUAAAACGCCUGACUAUAAAGACAAAAGAGUAUUCGGUGUUCCAUUGGUGCUAUUUUUGCAAAGGACUGGACAAACAUUGCCGACAGCUAUACAAACUGCAUUCAAAUGGUUGAAAUUGAAUGCAUUGGAUCAAGUUGGUUUAUUCCGAAAAUCCGGUGUGAAAUCACGCAUAGCCAAAUUGAAAGAAGUGAUCGAAGACUCGCAGGGAGAUGUUAUGGAAACAUAUGACUUGCAGCAGGCAUACGAUGUGGCGGACAUGUUGAAACAAUACUUCCGUGAAUUGCCUGACACCUUACUCACAGCUAAAAUGUCCGACACAUUCAUUGCGAUCUUUCAACAUUUACCAUCCGAAGUGCAUUUCGAUGCGGUACAGUCAGCAAUUUUGCUGUUGCCCGACGAACACCGUGAGGUGUUGCAGUAUUUAUUGGAAUUUUUGCACAAUGUUGCCAGUCACUCGAUGAUAAAUCAAAUGACAAGCAACAAUUUGGCGGUAUGUUUAGCACCGUCGCUAUUCAAUGGCACAUUUUCAGCACCGCCAAGAUCGAAUUCUGUAUCGCCACGUAGACGCAAGCCAAUCGGUAUGCCGGACUCAAGAGAAUUGACUGAAACGCGUGCCUCGCACGACUGCCUUACGUAUAUGAUUGAAAACUAUCGCAAACUGUUCAGCAUCUCCAAUGAGAAAGUGCAGCGAUGCAAUUUCAACUACAUGGAAGAGUCGAAGCCGGUCCCAUUGGAAGGAUUGGGCGAGGGAUUGCCGGUGCAUGAUUGGCGCGGGUAUUUGUAUGAGUGCACAAGUGCAACAAUCAAAGAAGGACGUGAAAAAUCUCGUGGUUGGAUUUCACUGCAAACAUUCGAUCCAUUUAUUGAUGUGGCUCACAAGAAGGUUGGAGAUGGUCACCCGUUGCGGCUAUGGCGAUGCACGACCGACAUCGAAGCAACACCAAUGGAAAUACUACAUUUCAUUUUCAAAGAGCGACGCCAAUGGGAUACAUAUCUCAUGAAAUGCCGAAUCGUUGAACAGCUCGACGAUCAUAGUGAAAUCUUUCAAUACGCCACUGGAGGACAUGUUAUCACCGACUACUGUGUUUUAAGAUCUUGGAGAGCCGAUUUGCCACGCGGUGCCUGUGUUAUUGUCGAAACAUCGGUAGCUCAUCCGGAUGCACAUUUACUUUUGGGCGGAGUGAGAGGUGUUGUGCUCGCAUCACGAUAUCUCAUCGAACCAAUCGGUAAUGGAAAAUCGAAAAUCAUGCAUUUGGCGCGUGUCGACACAAAAGGCCGUAGCCCAGAAUGGUACAAUAAGUGUUAUGGAUACAUAUGUUCGCAGUAUUUAUCGAAGAUUCGAAGUGCUUUCAAACAUCAUAGCAUCAGUUCGGAUGGCAAAUCAGCAUAAAUCCGUGCAGCCCAUAUUCAGAUAGAUAAAAAAACAAUUUGUUGAAAAUUCCAAUAAUUGUAAUGCUGUAAAUAUUUUGUUUAGAUGAUUUUUUCUCGAGCCAAACAGUGGCUAAACAAGAAGCGUAGAUGUAAAUUAGAUGAUAAAAACAAAGAAAAACACACACAGAAUAAGAAGCGAUAGUGGGUAGAAAUGAAUGCGUUUAUUCUGGAAGGCACUAAACAGCAUUGAACGCAUGGGCAGCAUUGCAUCUAGGGAGGAAUGCUGAAUUUAUUGUAAAUUGACAUUGACACUGUCGGUCAUAGCCCGUUCACGGUUUCUCUAAACAAAAACAAAACAAACAAAUAACGUUAAAUGUUAAGCAUAAAACAAAUAUCCCAUACGUAUAUAUUUUUUGAUAAAUGUUAUUGAGAAUUUACUCAUCAAACACGGUAGCGGAAAGGGAAGAAAAACAAUGUUUGAAAUUGUUGUACAGCUCAAUACUAUUGCUAGAAGAGAAAAAUGAAAUUUAGUAUUAUUUAUAUUAAGAGAGACAUGAAAAUUUACGAGAUACGCAUGUGAGGUCCAAAACAAUUGAAGCAGCUGAAUUGAAUUUAGUGUUAAUUCAUUCACUUCUUAUCUCUGUUGAUUGUUUGCGUUAAGGAAUUUAUAAAUACUCAAUUUAUAUCACAUCUACUACUAUUCCUAUUGGAAACUCGAUGACGAGAAUGAAAAAUAAAAUGAAACACACAUUGAAAUGAGCAAACAAUCCAAUGUAUUGUAAUAAAUUCCAAAUAGUUUCCGUCGAGAGAGAAUAAAGCAAAAUCAAUUUUUAUUAAGGCGUAUGUACUAAUAAAAGCAAGGUGUAAAUUUAUCCAUGAGACUUAAUCACUAUUACACACAUAGAUAUACAUAUAUAUUUAGAUAAGCAACAAUGGCAACUAGAUAGUAAGCAUUUCAAGGGGUCACAUCUCCUUUCACUAGUCAUUAUUCAUUAUUCAUUACAUCAUUGGUCCUCAUCCGUUCAAAAGUGUUCGUUCUUUGCUAAACUACGUGAUCACCUCCAUCUCCGCCGCACAACCGUCCACUAUCCGACAACACAUCAAAUGUUCCCUGUCAUCAAAUUUCAUACAAAUUAUUUCAAUCUAAAUGUCAAUCUCUCUUCAUUACAUUGGACUUUUUGAUUGAGCGUUUCAGAACGACAGCACCUUUUCUUUGAUGACAAAUUAUUGCAUUCGAGGUUAUUGUUACUUUGAAGUUGUUUUUGAUCUUGGUUCGCGUUUCAACGUCUAUAAGAUUAAAGGAGAGAAGCGAGAAGAAAAGAAACGGCGAACUCAACAUAUAAUUGAACACAUUAGAAUUUUUAAUCGAUAAGAUUAUGUAAAUAAAAGCCAAAAACCAUUAUGUACCUUACAAUAAAUGAACACAUAAAAAGAAGAAAAAGAAAAA